CCAAAUACAAAUAAUUCACCCUAUUAACCAAAGUAUUAUCUGAAUUUCUCAACCACCAAAAAAAAUGGAGAACCUAGGACACCACAAAACCGUGAAUUUUGAUUAAUGGUAUCGAGAGAGCGUACGUAGAUGAGAUGGAUUGUCUCAAGUUCGCCUCGUCCACUCCUUCUCGCCGCUCUGGGAUGUUUGGGAAACAGUUGAAUUCCUCUCUUCUCACGAUUGAUUCUUCCACACAGUUCUUCUGUUGCAAGGCUGAUUUUGCUGCUGCAUCUUCAAGUAUUCAAUUAUCAAAUACUAGACAUUCUUGCGGAUUUUCGUCAAGUAUUGCGAAAGGAAAAUGGACCUCAAAAUCAAGUAGUUCUACCAACCAUUGGAUAUUACAUUCUACAGCACAGAUAGAUAAUACAAUCACAAGCAAUGAAGAUCGAAGUAUGUGGGAAGCAUGUAAACAAGCUCUUUCCGCGUUUAACUUCAGCGACGAAGAAAAGGACAAGAUACUUGGAAAAGCAUUUGGUCUUGUUCAUUCUCCGUAUUGGGGAGAAGAUCGUAAGAAGGAAGUUCCCAAAUCGGAGACGGUUAAUGGAACAUUAGAAUAUCUAAGGAGUUUAAAUCUUUCCGACGACGAUCUUUCCAAGUUGCUCAAAAAAUUUCCCGAAGUUCUUGGAUGUAACUUAGAGGAAGAUUUGAAAGUGAAUAUCAAGAUCCUGAAGGAUCAGUGGAGUAUUGAAGGAAAAUCUCUUAGGAGCCUUCUCCUUCGAAAUCCGAAAGUUUUGGGCUAUAAUGUUGAUUGUAAAGGAGAUUGUAUGGCACAAUGCACUAGAUGCUGGGUUCGAUUCUAGCUGAUCGGAUGAAAUGCGUCUUUCUGUAAUAUUAGUUUACUGCAGCAUAUGAUGAUAUAUCACACCAACUGAACCUUGUACCAGUUAGUUUCUGCUCAAAACAAAUAAGUGAUUCAAGGGUCUUUAGAGGGAGAACACUUUUCAUGCCUUCUAUACCAAACAUUUCCCAAGUAUGUGUAUGCAACUUAUUGAAAAUAUAAAACCAUAGUUUGUA